UCCUCCAGCACUCGUGUGUGGCCAGAAAGGAAAGCUUCAUUCAACAUGAAAUUCCUGCUUGCUGCCUGCAUCCUUGGGGUGGCUGUCUGUGCUCCACCGCAGAUGUACAUGGAGUUUGACAUCCGUCAUGCUCCGGCUCAGGCAGCUCAGGCAAUUCCUGCCGGAGCCCCACUUGGGACUCUAGAAGUUCUGCUCCCUGUUGAUGCCCAGAGGCAGCCUGUUGGAGGACCAGUCCGUGGCUUCAUCAAGCAGGAGGUCCUCCAGGCAAACGGCAUUGACACUAAGGAUGUGUUUUACCCCUUUGGUUUCGACCUGCCGGCUCCUGCUGCCCCUGUUGUUGUUGCUGAUCCCGUUGCUCCUGCAGCUGCAGCUCCAGCUGCUCCUGCUGCUCCUGCUGCCCCUGCUGCCAGACCCAAAGGAGAUGAUGAUGAUGAUGACGAUGACUAAACAUUCAGAGUCAGCAGGAUGUGAGACGGUGAACAGUGCAACAAAGACCAGCAGCCUACACCGGUGAAAGAAAACCAGCCAACACUUCCCAGAGUAUGAAAAAAAUAUGGUACAAUGCUUUUGAAAGAAUAAAAUGGUGCUAUGUGUUUCAAAGGAAGAAAACAGUGCUCUGCAGAUGGUGCGAUGUUUUUCUGUGGAUAAAAAGUGGAAAAGGUGCUCUGUCUUGUAAUAAAAUACGGUGCUAUGCAAGGAAA